GCUGGCUGCUGCCUCGAGUGAUGCUGUUUAUGCUGAUGUGGCCGUGCUUCACUUAUUCAUUGGGUUGCUGCUGUUGUUGGCGUGGCGUCCAUUGACUCUCCUGCACUGCACUGUGGUUUAUUCUAUCGGGAUUGGCGUGAAUACAGCCGAUGAUGCUGCACUGUCAGAUUCGGUUUUGAGGAACGCAGAGAGUUCCAUUCGAAUCAUUCCACACAAAGAAGAGAUCUUCUAUCGGUAUUGUAGUCAUCCAGAGUCCAGUCUUCCAGAGGUCUUCCUACUAGCUAGCUAGGUUACCAACAUCGCGCUUGGAUACACACUUAGUUCAUCUAUCUAUCGAUCAAUACCUUGCCUUCUUCAUUUGUUCUAUAUCUUCUGUGAAAGAUGGCGUUGUUCUCUACCGCCUUUUCCUCGAGCGAAGAAGCCGAAAGGAGUCGAAAGAGAAGGCGUCCCACCGAGUCCACCGCUCCAGGAUCUUGUUGGCUGGCGGUGGUCGCCACUCUAGCAGUGAUUGGCAGUGGCCAUUCCGUUGUGGGGUUCACUCAUCCUCCUCGAGUCAACAGCAAGCGAACGGGAUCCUCUUUAUGGAGUGCCACCGCGACGGCGGACCGCAAACAACAGCAACAACAACAAGACCUCUCGUCUGCCAAUGUUUGUCUGGAACGCAUCUUGCGAACACUGGAAGAUGGCGAGACGUCGACCGCGGGAAUUGGGUCCAGUAGUAGCAGCUUGCCUCCGUGGCUGGAACGAUAUCAGGAGCACCAGCCAACGCAACCCUCCGUGUCAAUCGAAGAACUGGACGAGCUGGAAAUGACACUGACGGCCAGUGGCUUUUCGUCUGACGAUGUCCGCGAAAUUUUGCAAACCAUGGUCUUUUACACGACGACCACUUCUAGCUUUGACGACGACGACGACGACGUUUCGCUCUUGCGGGGAAUGAUUGAUUAUGUCCAGCUCAUACUCGAUGAGCGAUGCCAUUUUGAAAGUCUCGUCAGUCAACCGGGAGAGACAGAACCAGAUGAUGUAUCGUCUAUGAUGAGCCAAAUGCAUCAAGAAGUGUUUGCCAGCAAACCUGUCAUUUUGGCAGGCAUCGUUCAUUUUGCCGAGUGCAUGGCAGCUCGCGAGGCAGGAGUCUACGAUUGGUUGGAACGAUCCGUGCAGAAACAGAAACAUCGACGGGAUGCACCGAAGAGUAGAAAACCGGCUGCCUCAUUGUCGUCGUUGGGAUUGGAAGAGUUUCAAACGUCCUUGUUGGUUCCCAGCACGGCAGCCGUAUGCCGGUAUCCACCCCACUUGUCACCGACGGCACACAAGAUUGCGGCAUCGGCGGCCACCAUCAAACGAGCCGAAAUAUUGGCCAAUACCGUCAUGGGAGUGGGCAGUACGCGCCGUCUUUCCAAGGAACAAGCCGAAAAGUUGCAAGGAUUGUUGCUCAGCAGCAUGGAUGAUUGGAGAGCUCUGGCAUUGCGCUGUAUCGCCAGUCUGUUUCGACUCGAAGGGAUCCUACAACAGCAGCAGCAGCUGCAGUCGUCACCAUUAUCAAAAGAUGAAGACGACGACGAGUCCUUUGCUCCGCUCUUUCAUGGACUGAGAUCACCCCAGGUGGUGCACACGGCUCAAGAAGCCAUUCUAGUUUACGGGACACUAGCGCAACGACUGGGAAUGUACCCGCUCAAGGCCAAGAUUGAAGAACGUGCCUUUCAAAUUCUCUAUCAACGGCAGUUCAGGGCGGUGUCAUCCGUGUACCAACAGAAUGGAAAUGCCAUGCAGGCCAUCAAGUCCUAUUUGUCCACACAGAUUGAUGCACUUUUGCGGAGCGAUGCGUCGUUAAUGGCGCACAUUGACGAUAUUCAAAUCAGCAGUCGGGUCAAGGAACCCUAUUCCUUUUGGAAAAAGUUGCUCAAGUCGCAGACGAAAAAGAAGCAAAAGCAGCAUUUACUGGAAGGUGGAUCGUCCACCAAGACGGCUUCCAACUUGUCCUUUGCCGAGGUCAAUGACGGUAUUGCGCUACGAGUCAUACUCAAGGCCAAAAAGGAAACUCCCGAGGAACCCGACGAGACGACACGAGCACGGGAAAAGUUGCUCUGUUACUAUGUGCAGCAUUUGAUUCGACGGUAUUGGCCGGGAGAUCAAGAUCGUGUCAAGGAUUACAUUCAAUACCCCAAGCCGAAUGGGUACCAGAGCCUGCACUACACGGCAUACUUGACCUACUUUACGGGAGAACAAUUCCCCUUUGAAGUGCAGGUGCGAAGCGAAGAAAUGCAUCGGAUUGCCGAGUACGGCGUUGCCGCGCACUGGGAUUACAAAUUGGCAUCGACUACUGAAGAAGAAGAUGCCAAGAGCACGGACAGAAAGGCCAUGUUUGCCAUUGAAGCUGCGGCAGAAGUGGUGGAACCCAGCGUGAACACCGAUGAAUCGGAAUCGUCGCCAGAGGCUGUCGAUGUUGUCCCCAUCACAACGAUUGCAGAGCUGGAUGCCAUUCCUCAGCCGUUUACAUUUGAUGAGGUGAUUUUGGAACCCUCCAUUGUGUACAAUGGACCCAAUUCUCUGAUUAGCGACAAGGUUGAUUUCCAACAGGUAGCUUCUCAGCCGGAACCGAAGAACAAGGCGAGGCGCAGCAGCAAUCAACAAUUUGAAUACAUUGAUGCGCUUGUGACGGCGCAGAAGAAGCUCACACAAGAACGGGUGUACGUGUUUGUAGCCGGUGCUGCAUCGCUUUCCAUGGAUCAGGGACAACUGGUAAUUUUGGAGUCGGGUUCGUCGAUCCGUGAUGCGCUGGAGUACAUGCAAGAGACGGUUCCAGAAGUUUUCUCUCAAGAGAGCAAAGUUUUGGAGGUAUGCGGCCGCGAAAGUGACGACGUCCGUGAACCGUGUUCGUCUCCUCCGUCGGAGCCUCGUGUCUGGCGGAACGGACAGCUUGCGCAGCUUGGUGACUGUAUUCGGAACGGAGAUGUAUUGCUGAUGGAGCUGUAGAAGGAAUCUUGUAAUGUACACUAGUACCUUGUUUGCUACUUU